AUGCAGCUCUGCAAAUAUGGCAUAGUACUGAAUGGUUCGGAGAUUUUCUUCUCUAUUUUCACUGAUGAUCAAGUAGCAGAUGAUGUUACAAUGCAUAGUUCGGACAACGAUUUAUCUGUCAGUUUAUGGAAAUGUCGCAAGCAGUUAGCAGCUUCGGUGUCAAGAAUGCGCAUUAAAUAUGGGGCAUUGCAACUAUCGAAUCUCUUACCAAUUCAUUUACAAAAUGAGAAAGUUGCUAUUGCGGCAACCAAUCCUGUGAUUACGGGAUGGAUAAAUCCCUUUCUUGUGAGAGAUCGAGUAGCGGCGGAAAAUAUUUUACGCUCAAAUGGAUUUAAUGUGAUUGACAGCGAUCAGGAAUUGAACAAAAGUCAGUUUAAAUGGGACACAGUAUGUCCACUUUUUUUGUCAUGCAUUCCACUGGACAGAAAUGAGUUUGCAAAAUCUGAACUCGUACAAGGAAAUUUAUUCAUAAUACAGGAUCGCACGUUUUCAAUGGGCCCAUCUGUUAUGUCAAGGCUGCUGGACUAUUUUGACCUCUCCGGCGAUAUUUUACAGACACAUAUUGAUUCUCCACGCUCAACAGCAUAUUUGGCAGCAUUGUUUUAUUCAGUGAAUAGAUUAAAUUGCUUUUAUGCAUAUGGCGCAGGAUCAAAUUUGAAGCAAUACCGAAAAUACAUUGAUGAUUUGGGAAUUAACAAUAUCCGAUUGUUUGCAGAAUCAUUUACAUCGUUUCCCCUUGAGUCAAAUCGAUUUCGUACAGUAGUGGGAAUUUUCGCCAACCCGCCGAAUUCAUUUAGCGCGAUUUCAGAUCCCAUUGAUUUAAUAUGCUCACGUGGGGGUGAUCUAGGAAUGCUCGAAAUACUAACUGAUACCUCUAUAAGCGAUGAUGGUAAAUACAGGGUAUCCCUCAUUUUGGAAGAACAAUUGCGUACUCUAGUGUUGGCAAUGUGUCGACCUCAAGUGCAAUUUAUUCUUUAUCAAACACAUUCCAUAGUCAAUAGCGAAAAUGAAGAUAUGACGAAGUGUGCAGUAAAUAUGGUCAAUGAGGCAGCUCUGAAAAAGCACCAAAUUUUGUCUAUGGAGAGAAAGCGCUUAGAAGCUUUAGAGGAAGCGGAAGCAGCAAAUAUACCAUCUGCAGCCUUGAGCACUUCUCCUAGAAAACGCAAUAAUGCAAAUGAAGUAAAGCAACAGCUCAUUGGAGUGAAUGAUUCUUCAUCUGAUGAUCAAGAGUGUGAAGAUGAAGUUUUGCUUCCAGAAGUAGAUGAAUUUACAGCUGUAGAUAUACCUGAUGUCUGCAAAAACCAAGAUAAUUGUGUGAAAAAUGCUGAGACCGGUUGUUUUCUUUCUUUGGUUCAGCGAAAGGAAAUAACUCGACUGAAUGCGAAAUAUUUAAUAUAUAUGGCGGAGAUGAGGGGUCUCUUUGGAAAUUCUGCGGAAACCAAAUCCACUAAGGGCAAAGUGCUGAAAGCACAAGAGAGUAAUACCGAUACACAAAACGUUAAGUCAACGAUCGUGGAUGGAACAAAAAAGGUUUAUCAAAACAUAGAUACUUUGUUAUCUAAACCCUCUGAUGUCUUACCUACAUUUGGCGACUACAAUAUACCAUCAAUUUCGUGGAAUCAACAGAUUGACAGCAAUGUUCUCAUACGUGUUUUUGCUAAUGUUGUUAGUAGUGAUAAAAUUGAACCUUUGCUUAAUUAUUAG